UUGCCCAGGACGUCAUGUAACCAGAAAAGUAAAAUUACUGAAAAUAAUAAUACCGCUGAUACACUUACAGACCGGUAUAUGAUUAAAUAAACAUAGAAGGGAACUGAAAAUAUUGACAUCAAGCGCGUGUCUAUAAGAGACAGUACUCCAUUUGGUAUCGGCCCCAUUGCUGUUUGGAUUGACCACCACUGCAGCUAGCGAGCUAGCUAGUGCUUGUGCUGCUAAUGGGGAUCACCAAACUGGCAGAUUUGAUCCGCUACGAAGCUCCUAGCGCAAUUUCUCACAACGAUGUCGGUGACUACGCAGGAAAGGUGAUUGCUGUGGACACCUCCAUUAUGAUCAACCAGUUCCGCUCAGCCACGCCAUCACUGAGCCCGCUGACUGGUCUCUUCUUUCGCACGCUCACUUUCCUGGAACACGACAUAAAGCCUGUGUUUGUGUUUGACGGAAAGCCUCCCGGAGAGAAGCUAGCUGCUCUUCAAAAACGAGCCGAGACUGCAGGUUGGCAUUCACCUAACUACACAGGCACAGCAUCGCUCCAAACAAAUAACGCUUUCCACCUCCUGAAGCUUCUGGGCGUACCCGUGAUCCAAGCUCCAGGAGACGCUGAGGCCUUUUGCGCAUGGAUGGUGAGACAAGGGACUGCAGAGGCCGUGGCAUCCGAGGACAUGGACACUCUACCAUUUGGAGCGCAUGUUCUGCUUCGCCAGCUGAACGCUAAGAAAGACAGUGAUAUUGUGGAAUAUUCUUUACCAAAGCUGUUGGAGGUCCUCCAGCUGAACCACGCAGAAUUUGUUGACCUGUGUAUCUUGCUGGGAUGCGACUACUGUGACAAGAUAGCUGGUUUUGGUCCCAAGAGGGCGCUGUCGCUGAUCCAGAAACACCGCACUAUCGAAAAUGUUGUCUUGCACAUGAACAGAGAGACCCAUCUAGUGCCAAAUAACUGGAAAUACAAGGAGGCACGAAGGGUGUUUUUGGAAACGUCACAAUCAGAACUGCCUGAGCUGACGUGGACGGAGCCUGACGAAGACGCCUUGGUUGGGUUCCUGCGCCGCAGCACCUACGUCAAGGAGAGCAGAGUCCGUCAUCGCAUGGAGAAAUUCAGAGAGGCGCGGGAGAGCAAGCGAAAGACGAGAGAAAAGCAGAAAGCCGCUGGACAAGGCAGGCAGACCCGUAUGGAGGAAUUUUUCAGAGUUCUUAGAAAGAGAGAGCAGCGAUCAACGGCGCGACGAAGGACUUCAUCCGUGGGUUUGGCGGCAAGCAUCAGCUAGGCGUCUUCUAUUAGGUCCGUCGUGAAAGGUGCAGACUGUGGGCGCAGCAAGAAAAAGAAAACGUCGAAAUGAAGCCCUGGAAGUUGUUCAGCAGAUAUUUUUGCCAAAAGUGUCAAAAUCACAAGUAACCACGUUUUGAUCAUGUUUUCCUUUGAACAAAUAUUGUGCCUCAGCUAUAAUGUUUACAUUUCUUGACAUAACUACAUGGUUAGUUUAUUUUUGUUAUGCUUAAAACUUUGAAUUGUAAAUAUUUGAUCUUUUUUUAUACAAUCCCCUGUGCUCUUUGAGCCACUGAAUGUAAGUAAGUAAGUCCGACUAUAAAAACAAAUCCUGCAGGACAGUGAAUUCAGGCAGCAGUUGAACCAUUGCUAUCAAAUGGCAAUCACUGUAAACAUGGACUUGGUUCAGCCUCCUGCAAAGCUACCAAGAAAGGCAGAGCAAGUCGUGAAAGAGGCCAGUGUAAGCACUGUCAGGGGGGGCUUUGCCAAAAAGCCAAAAAGAGAGAGCGGAAGUCUCAUCACAAGACAUUCAGCCAGCACCUGUUGUGUAAUCUGUGCCAAGGCGCAGACCAGAGACUUCAAUUGUGAACCAAGCUAAUGGAAUUUUGUUGAAGAAUCUAGUGUGUUUUUUUUGGAGGGGGGUUAUCAUGGUAAAUAUUGUCAAACAAUUAAAAAUCAUGUAUAUUUUGAUUUGUUUAUAUUUUUAUUGCUGUUUAGUUUAUAUCAAACACGCUUAAACAUAUAGGAAUAAGCAAAGCCUUUUAAAUAAUACCUUUUUUUCCCAUCUCUCAUUCACCGAUAGUUUGUAUAACGCCGGUUUUAAGCGUGUACCGGUUUACCAUUUGUAAUAGUAAAAGAAAAUAAUAAAACUGUAAA